AUGGGUGUGUAUUGGCAAAGCAUGUCAUCUCAAGCGGCAGCACUCCAAGACAGCUGCGCCGAUUGUCAAGCUCCACCGCAGCCUGCGGAAUUCUGCGCUAUCGAAGAAGAAGAUUGGAGGAAACCCUACAUCGAUUUCAUCCAGCACAGGAGGUUACCCAGUGACAGGCAGGCGACUCUAAAAAUCCAAAAUAAGGCAACGCGUUUCUUCAUACACGAGGGCGUCCUUUAUCGCAGAAGCUAUGGUAACGUCGUGUUACAGUACAUGUCGGAUCGGGAGGCGUUAGAGGUAAUGACUCGGUCUCACGAUGCUGAACAUCAGGGGAUGCGGAAACUGUUCUUACAACUUUAUGAGGGAGGCUUCUACUGGCCAACCAUGAAAAGCGAUACCGCGGAACAUGUUCGAAAAUGCUUAAACUGCCAGACACAUGGAAAUAUGAUCCAAGCACCUCACACUCUACUACGCAACAUAGUGACACCAUAUCCGUUCCAUAGCUGGGGACUCGGCCUCACAGGACCGAUUAACCCGAUGUCUUCAAAACGCCACAAAUACAUAAUAACAGCCACGGAGUGUGCAUCCAAGUGGGUCGAAGCAAUACCCCUUAAAGAUUACACAUGA